AUGUCGCUCAAAUAUGAGCCUGAUCCUGCUGCUGUGCCCGACCCGCACUUGGGGACAAUAUUCCUGUCCCUCCGUGACGCAGCUGCACGAGUCCCCAUCAACUUCAUCACCACCCCAGGAGUCCAUCUGACAAAGGCAUGCUUUUCCGACGGGGUCUACGAUGACAUCCCGACUCAGACAUGCAUCUCGGACCUGAUUGCGAGUCAAUUCCGACGCCUAGUCCUCGAUCUCUAUUGGGACAACAUCAAUCGUCAAUUCAAUCUAUGUCCCGUCGAACUGCCGCCACUGGCUGGUAAUGCCACCAAUGGAUACAGCGUCGACAUGUCUGCGUUAUACUCAAUCACCGCCGCCAGCGCUUCUUCCUCCGUCUCGGCGCCGGGUGAAGCGACGCAAAUCCCCAACCCUGUUGAAAAUCGUGGUCUUGAGAAACGCCAGUCUUCUGCCAGUCCAAGCCCAACCUCUACCGGGACCGGAACAAGUGCAGCACCGGUCCCGACGUCAACAGGCGUUGCGGGCACCUCUUUACUCGAGCUGGGACCGUACAAGUGCAGUUUGGACCUGAACCUGGGUUCGAUUCUGUCCUUGUAUGAUGACUAUUUUGAGCAGACGGCGAACACCGUCUCCGCGCGACUACACUAUCUAACCAUCAACCUCCAUGCCGCCUCUCCUUUUACUUCACCCCUUGAUCCCGCGCAUACUCCCAUGCAAGGAAGAUUACCUCAGUCGGACGACCUGAUCGGAUGGCAGUUCAGGUCCAGAUUUCCUCAAGCACUUUUCACCCCAAAGCAGUUGCAGGACGAGCGUGCCCACCUCAACCGGUCUUGGUUCCAUGAUGACUUUGGUACCAGCACGGACACGUCUUACUUCAGCACGUCCGAGCAAGGCGAUAAUUCCAUCACUCAGAAUGGCUGGCCAGGUAACGAAUGGAUUCUUCUGACAGACAACAGACGACUUCUUGUGAGCUGGGGAGAAGUUGACCCACAGAUGAGAGGCUACAACUUCCCUGCGGACUUGGGUCACAUUUUCGCCGCGGGUUACCUGCAGUCGGAUGACUCGAUGAGCGUGGAGGACAACAAUCCGACGAGUUGCUUCUAUCGAGCAGAAGAAACCACCAUCUCACACGUAAACUCAUCAUGGGCUAUGGUGACUAUCAACGAAACCAACAUGGACCGAAUAUCAAGCAUCGCCCAGAAUCUAACUUUAUGCGGCAUAUCGCCUACGUUGAACUUCACAUUAGGAGCCGCAGCUGCGCAGCACAACCUUGACUUGUAUCAGAGGUUUAUCCGCUCAGCGACAUUUGGGUGGGCUACUGGAGAGCCGCUCAACGUUUCUGACCCCAAAGCCGAUAUUACCGGGUCGGACGAUGAGUAUCGAUGUGCUCUGAUCGACUCCACCAGCGGAUAUCAGGGGCAAUGGAGGGUAGACAGGUGUUCGAAGAAGCGUCGAGCCGCAUGCCGUGUCGCAGGCCAGCCAUAUGCUUGGAGAGUGUCUACGUAUGAUGUGCCGUUUGACGCAGCACCCGAGGCUUGUCCAGAACACACGACGUUCGAUCUGCCACGGACAGGUCUCGAGAAUACAUACCUUCACCAACAGAUACUGAAUGAUACACGGACUGGGAACCACGACGCCGACUCCAUUCGGUCGGGAGUGUGGAUCAACUUCAACUCCCUAGACCAGGUUGACUGCUGGGUGACGGGAGGACCGAAUGCGACAUGUCCAUACACCGGUAAUGAGGAAGGUGAUCAUCAGCGACAAGUCCUGAUUCCGACGAUUGCAGCAUUGAUCGUGCUUGUCUUAACCGUGUUGACUUUACUGGUCAAAUGCAAUGAGAACCGAAGGAACAGUAGAAGUCGUCGACGUGGCGAUGGUGGAUGGGAAUAUGAAGGCGUGCCAUCAUGA